ACCAGUUCACCGGAAAACGAAAUCCAUUACGAUCUCUCCCGCAGAUCAAAAGUUGUAAUUCAUGUCGUCUACUUUCAGCGGCGAUGAAACGGCUCCGUUCUUCGGCUUCCUCGGAGCCGCAGCAGCCCUCGUUUUCUCCUGUAUGGGAGCGGCGUAUGGUACGGCGAAGAGCGGCGUUGGUGUUGCCUCGAUGGGAGUGAUGAGGCCGGAGCUGGUCAUGAAGUCGAUUGUGCCGGUUGUUAUGGCGGGAGUGUUAGGUAUUUACGGAUUGAUCAUUGCUGUUAUUAUUAGUACCGGAAUCAAUCCAAAGGCGAAAUCUUAUUACUUGUUUGAUGGUUACGCUCAUCUGUCAUCUGGUCUUGCUUGUGGUCUUGCCGGACUUUCCGCCGGAAUGGCCAUUGGAAUCGUCGGCGAUGCCGGUGUUAGGGCAAAUGCACAGCAGCCAAAGCUUUUUGUUGGAAUGAUUUUGAUUCUUAUCUUUGCUGAAGCACUUGCAUUAUAUGGUCUCAUUGUUGGCAUCAUUCUCUCUUCGCGUGCUGGUCAAUCCAGGGCCGAUUAAGUCAUUUUACAAUUUCUUAUCCUUCCAUUAUCAGGUUAGUUUCACCAGUGUUCAGAAGGAUUCAAAAUCAUGCUUUUAUAUUUGUGUUGUUAAAUUGUUUGUUAGUUAUUAAACUGGAUGACACUUUUGCCCUUGAAUAAAGCCUUAAAGCUACCAUUGUUUAUUUUCUUAUUUUGUAUCAUAAAUACAUGAAGGUGAAACGGUGUAUGAUUAUUUAUUUAUUAAGCUCAUUGUUAGGUGUUGUUUCUUUUUGACUUAAUGGGCACAAAAGGGUAAAAUAGUCAUUGUGG